AUGAGUACCUCUGAAUUCGCUUACAAGGAAAAGCCGGAAACCCUGGUUUUAUUUGAUGUUGAUGGCACUUUAACCCCAGCAAGAUUGACCAUUUCCGAAGAAGUCAGAAGCACUUUGGCCAAAUUGAGAAACAAGUGUUGUAUCGGUUUUGUCGGUGGCUCUGAUUUGAGCAAACAAUUAGAACAGUUAGGUCCAAACGUCUUGGACGAGUUUGACUAUUCUUUUUCCGAAAAUGGUCUUACCGCCUACAGAUUAGGUAAGGAACUAGCUUCCCAAUCUUUCAUUAACUGGCUCGGUGAAGAAAAAUACAAUAAAUUGGCCGUUUUCAUUUUGAGGUAUCUAUCUGAAAUUGAUUUGCCAAAGAGAAGAGGCACUUUCUUGGAAUUCAGAAACGGUAUGAUCAACGUUUCCCCAAUCGGUAGAAACGCCUCCACCGAAGAGAGAAACGAAUUCGAAAGGUACGACAAAGAACAUCAAAUCAGAGCUAAGUUCGUUGAAGCUUUGAGGAAAGAAUUCCCCGACUACGGUUUGACGUUUUCCAUUGGUGGUCAGAUCUCCUUCGACGUCUUCCCAGCUGGUUGGGACAAAACCUACUGUUUGCAACACGUUGAAAAAGACGGUUUCAACGAAAUUCAUUUCUUUGGUGACAAGACUAUGGUCGGUGGUAACGAUUACGAAAUCUUUGCUGACGAAAGAACUAUCGGACAUUCAGUUCAAUCUCCAAAUGACACUGUCAGAAUCUUGACUGAACUCUUCGACCUAUAA